CGUGGGGAUGAGCAGGGAGGACCUUGAGGACCACCAGGGGAGAUGCCCUGAGCCAGGAACACCCCCAUCUUAGAGAUGAGGGAAUGGGGGCACCGACGGACAGCUCUGGCACGGGCUCUACCUGCCUUUUCAGGCACCAGGGCUCUUUCUAUCAUGUACUUUUAAUAAGUCCAUAACACACAAUAACUCAAAAAUCGAGGUGUCCCAGCCCAACAGGGCAGAAAUAUUUCAGAUUUGUUGUUGAAUAUAUCUGAUCUAAAACGUUCCAUCUGGGGGUGACGAUGGGGACUUUGGGUCACGGGGGGCCACCAAGUCCUGGCCUGCCCCCACCACAGUCGGUCCUGUGGUCCCAUAAGUGCAGGAGAAAUCCUGUCACUUCCUGUGAUUGGUUCUAGCGGGGAGCGGUCACUUAGAUACUUGCCUAGUGGAGGGACCUCAAGGGCGCCGCCAACGACCCCUGUGCGGUAUCAACAAGCUUGAGAGCCCCUCCCCCCAUCACCUCUGAUCAGGAAAACCAAAGGAGUCGGAGCAGAGGGAAACUGAAUUUCAAGCCGCAUCAGUGGGUUUGAUGGGAACCAGGGUUUCACUGGACACGCGGGGGAUGCACAAGCCACCUUGGCAGCCGUCCAGGAGUCCUAGGGCUUUACAUGGUUUGCAUAUAAAUUUAUGUAAAUCUGAUCGCCUUUUAAUUUUUUUAACAAGAAAAUGACGAUUGUUCUGUUUUACUAGCACAAGCUCUGUUUUGUUUUUUCUUUUAAUAGUUUAAAUUCAGUUUUCUUAAGCUCCUUUGUCACCGAUUUCAUUUUUUCUUUGUCCCCCAAAUGCUCAGCACAUAGUUGGUCUCAUUAAAAUGCUUUUUUUUUUUCCCCUGCUUGUUCUCUUCUCUUCUAGUAGCAGUGAGGUUUUGCUGGGUAAAAGGAUAACUUUUUGGGCCUAGUCCCAAAUUGCUUUCUAGAAUGGCUGGACCAAGAAUCUGGAGGAAAAUGUUGAAGAGGAUAGUCAGAAAAGGACUUAGAAGCAUCAGACUCAGACUCUGCUACAAAGCAGUGGUCAUCAAAACAACUUGGCACUGUUUAAAAACGAGUACAGUGGGUAUAGCUUCCGUUACAUAGUACUCCUUAAAGAAAUAAAGCCCGGAAAUACCUGGAGGAAGAAUCAGUGCUCAUGGCUAGGCCGGGCCAAUAUAAUCAAGUGUACUACAAAAUUAAUUUACAUUCUUGAUACUUUGCCAUUCAAAUGACUGAGGUGAAACUUAAAUGAACUUGAUAUAUUAAUAAGAAAAUUCACUUAGAAAAACAAAAGAUCUAGAGUAUCAAGAGAAAUGAUGAAAUGAAGGAACGAUGAAGGGAGAUGAGUCUUUCAGACCUCAAACUAUGUUGUAAAGCACCAGUCAUCACAACCAUCUAGGUAUUGUUAAAGAAUAGAGACAAACCAAUAGGGGAGAAUCAGAACAGUAGAACGUGGUAACCUAAUAUUUAAUAAAGCAAAAAACGAAUUACCUAAAGAAAAACUCCUUUAAAAAAUGGAAAAUUACUGGAAAAUUGAAAAGCAGCCUGGUAGAAAUUAGUUUUAGACUUUACCUCACACUAUAUUCCUAUAAUAUAUUAUAAAUGGAUAUGUGAUUUAAUACUAAAGAACAUACUGUAAAAAAAAAAAAAGAAGAAGAAAAACAGAUUAUAUCUCUCUCAUAGCCAUGGGUAAGAGAUGUUUUUAGCAAAAUAAGAGAUAGAGGGAAUUACAAAAGAUAAACUUUGAAUACUGGAACUGAAAAGCUUCAGUACGGACAACAUUAAUGCAUCAAGGAUAAAUAGGGAAAUGGUUGAAUAGGAAAAACAUCUGUAUCAGAUUUCUCUAACAAGAGUUUGGUAUCUAGGAAUCUGUCCCUCCCUCUAUCUGUUUCUGUUCUGUGUGUUUGUCUCUGUGUCUGUCUGUUCUGUCUGCCUCUGCCUUUGUCUUUCUGUGUCUGUGUCUAUUCCAUCCUGUCUCUCUGUCUUUCUGUCUCUCUCCAUUUUGUGUGUCUGUGUCUGUCUCUCUGUUCUGUGUUUCUAUGUCUCUAUGUCUCUCUGUCUGUGUCUGUCCUGUCUUCCUCUGCCUCUGUCUUUCUAUGUCUCUCUCUCUUUUCUAUGUCUCUGUCUCUAUCUAUCUUCGUUCCCUCACUCCUCCCUUUCUCUCCGCUCUCCAGUAGAGGAAUGGUUACAGGAUGUACUGUUAAAAGAACUGAGUGUUUUCUGAUGUGCCUUUCAUAGGUGAACCUAAAGCGAUUGGAUCCCCAGAGAGAAGAGAGGCUGCUUGUUGACCCGAGGCCCCGUUGGGGGCUGUGAGGGACCCUCCCACCUCUGCCUCUGUCUAAAAGAGGAUCCCUCGGAGUCCCUGACCCUCUUGGAGAUGAGGGGAGGCCGGAGUGGCCAGGCCCAGUGGGGCGUCGGCUCUUGCUCCCUCCUCUCCCUGGGGUUGCUCUUCUGUCUCUGGCCGAUCUCUGAGCCCUGACCCCGUCUGCCAUCCCAGCCUGGGCCGGGGGCAUCUCCCAGGGUCUCCUGGAGAGCUUGUGGCUGCUCCUGUAAGGAGGGAGGGUCAGGGCAGCUCCCAUUGGGAGUGGUCACAGGCCGGGAGCUGGCCGGCUUUAUUCUCUGCCUUCUAGUUGCCCAGCAUCUCGAGGUUCCUGGCCCACACCGGGUGUUUCAGUAAUUACUUACGUGCAGAUAAAUUGAUGGAAAUGUAGAUUUUGUACCAGAGACGCGCUGUCGGCUCCGGCCUAUCUUUCUAGCCCAGAGGUUCCUAAUUAAGGUCUGCGAUCUUGAUUUUUAAAUUUGUGCUAAGUGCUGUCCACAUAACAUAGGAUCUACACAGCUCCCCUGGGAGGUAGAUGAUUGGGCUCCCAUUUUGUUGAUGAGGAAACUGAGGCGGGAUAAAUGACUUGCCCACAGGUAGUGAGUGUCUGAGGCUGGAUUUGAGCUCCAAGCAUCAGAGAUGGAGUUGGGUGGGCAGCAAGCAGAGCCCCCAGGUGGAAGCUGUAGAGGCCUUUCUGGGGGGGAGGGCAGGGACUAACAGCUCUCAUAGCUGGUUCUGCCCUUCUGGCCCAUCUGCCGCCCUGGUGGGGCUAGAGUAGGCCCUCAGCGGGGGCUGUCCCCCCGGACUGGCAAAGGCCUGCUUGGCUGGACUGGAGCGGCUCAGUGGGGGGCCCUGCCCCUCAGCAGAGGGGGUCCCAGAGGCCAUGGGGGCUUGUCCCAGACUGAAAACGUGGCCUUUCGGUCACACCUCCUGGUUGCGUAGAAUGAGCCACUCCGUUCGUAUUUAUUCCUUAUUCUGCUUUUGAAUGUGCACGGAGGCUAUUAGACCGGUGGGUAAAUUGAGGAUAAUAAAUGAAAUGAAAUGUUUUGUAAAGAUAAUGAAGAUAGGGAUAUAUUAAUAGCAACAAAGGAGCCACACUGGAGUAUUAUGGAUGAGUUUCUUUGUCAGUUUUGCAUAUUAAUUGCCUCAAAAUAUACCAACACAUUUUCUAUGACUAGAAUGAUCAGGUACAGAUGAAUUCCCUCCCUGAUAGAAUCAUUAUUCAAAGUCUAAUUAGAUUUAUUCUGUCUCUUCAUCUCUUAGAAGUACAAAUGUUGAAAACACCAUCUUGGGGUGGGGAGGAAAGCAAAUGGGGGAGGAUGGCCUAGAAAUUGUGCCUCCUGGAGGCUCUGCAGCGGCUCCUCUCAUUAGGGGCCCGGCUCCUCUCAUCCCGGGUCCGGCUCCCCUCAGUCCGGGUCCGGCUCCUCUCAUCCCGGGCCCGGCUCCCCUCAGUCCGGGUCCGACUCCUCUCAUUCCGGGCCCGGCUCCCCUCAUUCCGGGCCCGGCUCCCCUCAGUCCGGGUCCGGCUCCCCUCAGUCCGGGUCCGGCUCCCCUCAGUCCGGGUCCGGCUCCCCUCAGUCCGGGUCCGGCUCCUCUCAUUCCAGGCCCGGCUCCCCUCAUUCCGGGCCCGGCUCCUCUCAUUUCGGGUCCGGCUCCUCUCAUCCCGGGCCCGGCUCCCCUCAGCCCGGGCCCGGCUCCUCUCAUCCCGGGCCCGGCUCCCCUCAGCCCGGGCCUGGCUCCUCUCAUUCCGGGUCCGGCUCUCCUCAGUCCGGUCCGGCUCCCCUCAGUCCGGGUCCGGCUCCCCUCAUUCCGGGCCCGGCUCCCCUCAGUCCGGGUCCGGCUCCCCUCAGUCCGGGUCCGGCUCCCCUCAUUCCGGGCCGGCUCCUCUCAUUUCGGGUCCGGCUCCUCUCAUCCCGGGCCCGGCUCCCCUCAGCCCGGGCCUGGCUCCUCUCAUUCCGGGUCCGGCUCUCCUCAGUCCGGUCCGGCUCCCCUCAGUCCGGGUCCGGCUCCUCUCAUUCCGGGCCCGGCUCCCCUCAGUCCGGGUCCGGCUCCCCUCAGUCCGGGUCCGGCUCCCCUCAGUCCGGGUCCGGCUCCCCUCAGUCCGGGCCCGGCUCCUCUCAUUCCGGGUCCGGCUCUCCUCAGUCUGGUCCGGCUCCCCUCAGUCCGGGUCCGGCUCCCCUCAUUCCGGGCCCGGCUCCCCUCAGUCCGGGUCCGGCUCCCCUCAGCCCGCCCGCUCUAUGCGGAUCCGUACGUGUAGUUGGCCGGACACGGAGACGUCUCCCAGUCUGAGUCCCCCGUGGCUCCCGCGCCCCGGAAAGCGGCAGCUCUGACUUGUUUUCUCACUUGGCGCGUUUCUCAUUAGGUUCCUCCCCCCCCCCCCCAUUUGUCAGCUAUAAAUAGAGAUCAGCUAAUUUGAUGAAGAGGCUGCAGGUUUGCAGAUAAUUGGACAAAUACAUCACGGUACAAGAACAACUCCAGAGAUGACAGGGGUGGGGGUGGGGGAACCGAGGGGAGCCGACCAAGGGCGGAGGAGGAGGGGGAAAGAAAGGAAAACGGAAACAAUGGUGGGUCUGUGUGGUCCCCAACCUGAUUCCAGAGUCAGCCCACUUAGCACUCCCGCUCAAUAGAGGCCAUUGUUCUUUCCCGAGUCUUCCUCCCCGGCUCCCUGGGGGCCCCCUCGUGGGGAGGGCCCUUUAGCUGAGGCCUUUGAGGGGUGAGGGCAUUUCCAUGUAGAACGCGUCGGGGAUUUCCAUGCAGAAUGUGACCGGCCUUCCCAAGCGUGGCUUCCCGCGGGACCCCGAAGGGCGUGGGAGCCUUUUAUUUCCGUCGGUUCUCCCUCCUCCCGCGUCCCUUUCUGUGUGAUUGUGGGACAGCUUCAUUUGGACCCCCCCCCCUCCCGCAGAAGCGCCCCUGGGCGAGGGACCGGAGAGCCAGUGCCCGGUCCCUGUCCCCGGCCAAACCGGGCUCCCGCUCCCGCGCUCUUCGCCAGCGCCGUCGGGGUGGGUGAGACCUCGAACCUGCCCCGGCCCUCGAGGAGCUUCCGCUCUCUCACAGGAUCGAAGUCAGUGGGAGUGUUCUGGCGGGGGAAGUAGUAAUGUCCGGGGAGCUCCCAAAGCGCGGACCAAGGAGAGAGAAGGGCCCCCCAGACAGAAGCCGACCGAGGGGGGGGCUGCGCCGGCCCUUCUUCCAGCUUAUUGCCUAGAAGGACUUAGUCUGGCCUCUCCCGGGAAGCCUCCUGUCUGGGACAGGGCUGGGAAGUCCAGUAGGAGACUGCCACGGUCAAGGAGACACACCGGGGCAGCGUCCUGGCUUUACCUUUCUCACCAGCCCUUACCUGCCGUCAGCUCUGCCUUGACUAGUUUUCCGGACAGGUGAGCACUGCCAGCGCCCCCAGGUCUCCUCAGAUUCCUUGAGGCAGCAGCCAGAUGGGACAAGCCUUCCAUGCAGGCCCGUGCAUUGGCCCCCACAGCCUGGGAUCUGUCCAGCGCCUCCAGGGAGGUUUGAAGGCCGCUGUCCUCCUGUCCAGAUGUUUCCAGCCUCUGGUUUCCUGUCCACUCAGCACGGCCUGAGUCCUUUCAGCUCAGCGGGAAGGAGGUGGUACAAUUGCCCACUGGCUGUUCCCAGACGGCACGAUGAGUAAUUGCAUCUUUCAUCGGCCUCUGAGAGAAGCGGACUCUAAUGGAUCUGUGCAAUGCUGAAUUAUCUCUCUCCAAUCAGAAGAGCCUUUCAGGACCUCUUCUCCAGGAUCCUCGAAUCUUUCCCCUCUUAUUCUUUGGGGAGCAUAACAAGGAAUAAAUACAUGCAGCAAAAUGCCUUUCACGGGGCCUUCACCACAAA